CAGAAAUGAUUUGUUUUUAUUUUGUCUUUUCCAUUGAUUAAUUAAUUUGAUUGUUGGUGUCUUUUAGAAAUUAAAUUUUUAUCAAAAUGUGUUUAAUAACCUUUUCUUUUUAACUUUUAAAUCAUAUUCUUGCGUGGAAAUUGUUUAAUUAAUCAUGAGAUUAAACAGAAUACAAUCUUACAACAAUUCGUCAUCAUUUGAUAUCUCUUGUAUUCCAAGGUUGAUUUAUAAACAAAGUGGAUCUCAAUAUAAUCUAAUUAAUACAAGAACCUUGGUUAAUUUUGAUCCCGUUUUUGUUUUACCAAAAUUUUUAUUACAAUCAUAUUCUCAGUCUCCAUCUUUAUCAUCAUUAUUACCUGAUUAUUAUAAAUUGUCACCAUCAUCAUCAUCGUCAACCGUAACACCUUUAUUGUCACCUUUAAAAUUUAUUGAUUACCAUUUAAAAUGGCUCCAAUGGAUCUAUUUAACAAGCAUCGUACAAGAAGCAUUGAACCUGUUAGAUAUCAUUCAUCAUCAUCAAAAUUGUACAACAAUGACUGGUUUAAUUUACAAAAUGAAGUAUUGGUUAAACCAUUUGAUAGUCACCAAGAUAAUUCAUCAUCAUCAUCAUCAUCAUCGUUGUCGUCAUCGUCAAACAAAAUUUCCCUUGAAUGGUUACCAGUUGAAAUAAUCCAUCGUAUCCUUACAUAUUGUAAUAGCCAAACACUUUUGGCUUUGUCUGGUACCUGCAGUAGAUUAUAUUCUCUAGUCAAUGAUGAUUACGUUUGGCGAUUGAAAGCUCAACACGCACUGGCUACUAAUUGUCAAUCUAAUAAAUUCUCAUCAAAGUCAAUUGUUGAUCUUACCAAUUUGAAUAAAUGUGCAAUUGAAUCUCGCUGGAAAAAGGGUAUUUUCCAAGAAACAAUUCUCAUUCAAAACAAGAAACCAUUGAUUCCAUGUUUAUCGAUUGACUCAAAUAAUCUAUGGUUAACUCGAGGAAACACUUUGUGUAAAUUUCAGCGAUUUAAAGAUGGCCGUAUUAAGACAAAACCUACGAUGAAAUUGAAAUGUCACCAAGAAGAUAUACUUAAAUUUAAGGUUACCAAUAAUUUCAUUGCCACCGGAAGUUUAGACGGAACUCUGGCCGUAUGGAAUAAGCAUUCAGGAUCUUUAUUAUCGACCCGGUACAAGGCUCAUGCUUCUGUAAUUAAUUCAAUUGAUUGUCUUCAUUCAAAAUUUUUGAUAACCGGAUCAAAGGAUCUUCACGCAAAGAUAUGGAAGCUUAAUUAUGAAGGAUUUGAAGGAGAUCAGAACAGUAUUGGUACCGAUGAUGAUGAUGAUCCAAAUAACAGUCAUGGUUACAGUUGUUCAUUACUAUUUUCACAGUCUAUAUUUAUCGGUGAUCGGGUUUUAUCAGUGUCUUGUAGUGAAGAUCGAGGCUGGGCAGCGAUCGGGUCAGCUGGAUGUACAACUAAAAGACCAAUUUGGCUUUACGAUUUAAUGGAUAAUCGUUUAAUCUGUUCACUUAAUGAUGAACAUCGUCAUGGGGCCGGAGUUCUGGGAAUACAAUGGGAAGAUUAUAAUACUUUACUUUCCUGUGGUUAUGAUACACUUAUCCGUUUAUGGGAUCUUCGAUGUCCUGGUGGAAAGUGUUCACUUAAAUGGGAAGAUCCCCAUGAUUCAGCAAUCUAUUGUCUAGCCACUGACCAUUGGGUUACUAUGCUUUCGGGUACAUGUCGUUAUGGUGUUGUCCGUUUAUGGGAUAAACGGAAGGCCAAACAAUGUGUCCAAAUGUAUUACGGUCGAUGUGAAAAUAGUCCAGUUUAUUCACUUGAUUUUGACCCUUGCUACCUUUAUAUCGCUCUGGACAAAUCGAUUAACGUGAUGAACUUUCGUUCAGGAUCUCAGUCCAUUGUCCGCCAUUAACUCAAAUGCUCACCCGUCAUGGACCACGAAACAAAACUAUAACAAAUCCUCCUUUAGUUUGCAAAGAAACAAAAUCUAAAUUGUUAAAAUCUCUGUAUUUUAUUUUAAUCCAAAAUUAGAGACAAUUUAUUUCACCGGGAAGCCAAAAAACAACAAUUCAAAUCAACUAAUUCUGUUAAUUCCUUUGUUUAAAUUGUAAUUUCCCUCAAUUCAAUCCAAAAACAAUUAAUACACAUCAUGUUUGUGUAUCAAUUUAAGUAUUUAAAUCAAUGAGAAAUUACAACUCUCUUAAUCGUUGAAUGUAAGAAAUUAGGGAAACAAUUUAAUCCCAAUAUCAUUUUAAUUGUUAUUUUCAUGAUAACUGAAACAUAUUUAAUCAACAAUUAAACAACAAUUUUCUGUUUCACAUACACACACACACACACACACCUUUACCUGCUGUUCCAAGUGUGUAUUCACAAUCAAUUAACUAUUUAAUAAAAAGAAAUAUAUAUAACAAUUAA